AUGACGUCCACAACAAUCGAUGUCCACCAGUUCAAGUUGCAACCAGAGCCCAAUAUUUGGAAAACUGUGAAAAUUCUUGGGAGUGGGGGUUUUGGAGAAGUUGCACUCGAAGAAAACACAGAUGGAAAGCGAAGAGCACUCAAGAAAAUCAGGGGAGUGCAAAGCCCCAUGUUGAGGCGUGAACUGGUGUGCUUAACGAUGGUCAAAAAGAGACCAGAUCUCUUUGUAGAAUUCUUAGGAUGGUAUGAAGAUAACGAUAGUACGUACUUUUCGCUGGAGUACAUGGGCGAGGGCGACUUAGGCAAAUAUCUUGCUGCCAAUGGACCACAAACGGAGGCCAAUACCAAGGAGAUCACCAAACAAAUUCUAGAGGGACUUUCGUUUUUACACGAAAGGGAAAUUUGCCACCGCGAUCUAAAGCCAGAGAAUGUUCUGUUAGCUUCAAAAUCGCCAAUACGAGUCAAAUUGACCGAUUUUGGGUUAUCAAAAUCCACGGAAGGCUCGGGCCUUUACACAUUAAUCGGAACCCAAGAAUACAUGGCUCCAGAGAUGCUUGGAGCAUUAUCCGAAAAUCAAAUGACGCGUGGAUCAUAUACAACGUCUUUGGAUAUGUGGGCUUUGGGUUGUCUUAUAUACAAGAUUUACACGAUGAAAACACCAUUCAAGGAUGGGACGUUACAAUCAGAUUCAUCACUCCCACCAACGGAAACACUUACAGAGUAUACGGCACUGGACGGAAUUAAUAUAAUUGACUCAUUGGAUUUGGAUUAUAUGAUACGGUACUGCAACGGCGGAACCCAACUCCCCAUUCAUCGUCUAGUCGAACACAAGAUGAGCAGCAGGGGGAUACAAUUCAUCAAAGAUCUGAUGGCUCCCUAUCCUCCGGGCCGGAUCACUGCAGCGGAUGCCAUGCAUUCCAGAUGGAUGUCAGAACUGCCUAUCGAUCAAAAUGAUAUGAUUAGAUGCCAGCUUUCAGAGUUAGGAGUCCACCUCAGCGUUCAAGAUACCGAGAUAUUGGUUCAGCAGGUAGAAAAAGCGCGGGAAAUGAAAGUUUUGGAAUAUCCACCAGCUAUUAGCAAUAAUCCCACGGUUUUGUUGGGUCGAAAUGGAUUAAAAUUGCUGUUCCAAUCAUAUGGGGUGGAUGUUAAGAGGUUUGAUCCUAUGACUGGGGCAAGGACACCUCAAGCUUUGAUGCAUAUAGCAGCUUCGGUCGGCUAUACCACAAUUGUUGAAAUGGUCUUCUACCUUACACCUUUCAAAAUUCAAAAAGACGAAGGUGAAGAGGAUUAUGAAGAAGAGGAAGGAAUGGAUUUUAAAACCAAUGGCUGGACGACACUGCAGUUAGCAGCUAAAAGGGGAUGCACCGACAUAGUAAGAUUUCUCAUACAAAAGGGCGCCAACGUCAAUGCCCCCGCGAGUCAAGAGGAAAGCGGUCGAACAGCUCUACAAACAGCGGCUGAGAACGGUCAUGUGGAAAUAGUAAAGAUACUCCUAGACGCGGGAGCCAACAUGGAAGCCAAAGGGUAUUCCGCGUCUGGUCGGGGAGCGCUACAGGCAGCCGCACAGUGUGGAAACAUCGAGAUUGCCAAAAUACUCUUAGAUAGAGGUGCCAAUAUCAACAUGCCACCUGCCAUAAUGUGUGGCCGAACAGCGCUGCAGGCCGCUUCGGAAUCGGGACAUGUGGAAUUAGUCAAGUUAUUGGUGAAGGAAGGUGCCAAAAUGAAUUCCAAGAUCAGUAAAACGUCGGGCCGGACACCUAUUCAAGCUGCAGCGGAGAGUGGUCACCUUGAAGUCGUUAAAUUUCUUUUGGCGUCGGGUGCUCAGGUCAACGAAGAACCUUGUGCAAAUUAUGGUAGAACGGCACUACAAGCUGCAGCAGAGAAAGGGAACCUCGAGAUGGUGAGGUUUUUAUUAGAAAAUGGUGCCGAUGUUAAUGCACCGGCGUCAGAUACAGAGGGGCUUUCGGCACUUGAAUGCGCAAGGGAGGGAGGAAAUACAGAGGUGAUAGAGUUGUUGGAAUCCGAAAGUGCGAAGUGA